CACUAAGAAGUCCUUCUUAACAUCAUUCUUACAAAGGAAUUUCAGAAAUUCUGAAUUUCAGAAAAUGCGUUAGUUACGCGCAUACGUACUUUUCAAAACGUGAAACCGUAUCUGGAAUUUCUAGUUUCUUCAUUGUGUGACAAAUUGAAAUUCUUUGCUACAGAUGGAGCCACAAUCUAAUCGAACUUGUAUCUUAACCGUAGACCUCGAUGUUGCUAAACAAGACAAUUAUGUGAAAUGGAAAAUGCAUUUCUGUGUUAGUAUGUAUUAAUUGUUACUCUCUAAAAUGGCCGUAAACAACGUUUUGCUACUUUUUCAAGCAACAGGAUAUCUUGUUGCUUUAAUGCUCUCUCUCUGCAUUGUCGCACCGCUUACCCUGAAUUUGCAGUAUUUUAAAGGCCACUGCUUACUUUUCACAACUGGUAAUUUUGGUGAUGAUGGUAAUUUUAAUGCAGAUUGGGCAUCGAAAGGUUACUGUAUAUAUACUUUGUUCGUCGGAUCAUUACUAGUUUUGAUAUCUCUGAUUCAGUCUGUCCGUAUGUUUUAUAUGCUUCGAAAAGAAACUGAUAGCUCUUUUUUGUCAGCAUUUUUGGACUGUUUAAUGACAUUAUUGUUGUCUGUAAUGGUAUUUGCAGCUUCGAUAUUAGUAACACUCGGCUUCAAAACAUGGUGUGAUGCUGUGACGCAACGUUUUCGUUCUUGUGAUGAUGCUUCAAUAAUGGAAAUCAGUAAAGCGGAUAAUGUUCAAACUAAAGGAUUCUUUCUUCAAGUGGGAACUGUGCAAUUCGGAAUAUGGAGUUCAUGGGUGUGCUGGGUCCUCCUUACUGUCCUGUCAACAUUGAAAUUAUGUCGGUACCACGAGAAAGAAGUUAUAAGAGUAAGCAUGGCAAGGCAGAGGCAAAAAAUAAUAAACCAGUGUGAUAAUUCUGUUAGUGACUGAACGGAAUGAGUAUAAAUUCUAUAUGUGCUGACUAUAUGAGGAAACAUAUUGAACAGAUCUGUGUAAUCAAGGACCUGCACUAAUAUAUUAAUUUUCAGGUUUGCAUAUUAAUCUGUUGCAUUGAAACUAAGUCAAGCUAUUUAAAAAAAUGGAUGUGAUGUGAAUAUAUAUAUUCUAUAUAAAUUUUAACGAACAUGUAUAUACGUAAAAUCAAAUACGUUUUAGAUUAAAUGCUAUAUAUAAAUCUGCAAUUUAUAUAUGUGUUAGCAAUGUCUUACGAUUUACUUACAUAUGAUAAUGUUAAAUGCUAAAUUUAGUAGUCUUUUUAUUAUAUUCCUGAAACCUUUAAAUAUCCAUUAAAAUAUUUUUAUUUUAUCAUUUAGAAAUUAUUAGAUACAUAUGUGUGUUAAUUGUUAAUGAGACUAAUUCAAAAUGUUGGAACAGGGUCAGAAAUUUUAAUUUGUUAUACUUUAUUUUUUUUUUAUUAUUAUUAUGUCAUAAUUGUUAGGUUUUAAGUUUUCCUAAGUAUGCAAACUUGACAUGAAUGAGUAUAUGAAGUAAAUAUUUUUGUUUUAAAGUGUAUGAAUUAUAUUUUUUCUUUUGAAGUAAUGUAAAAUUUUAAGGCAAAUUUCUGAUUAUCAGACAUAUUUCAUUCAUGACAAAGAUUGCAUACUUUUAUUGUAAAUUAUAUGUAUAAUGCAAUCUGGUUGAUAUAGUUGUGAUUUUGUUUAAAACACUAAAUAAUGCAGUCCAAAAUAAUUAAAAUAAUAAUUAUUUCAGAUUGAUUAAUUGUACAUCAGUUAAACUAAGCAUUUGUUUCAUUGUAUUUACACACAUCUAUUGUAUUACACAUUGUAUUACAUUUCAUUGUAUUACACAUUGUAUUACAUUGUAUUUACAAUCACAUUAUUUUGUAUGACCAGCUAUUAUAUAUAUAAAGAAUUUGAUGGAAAGAUACUAUUUUAUGUUUAAUAGAAAUUUAAAGCUGUAUUUGUAAAGGCUAGGCAAACAAAUAUAUCCUGGAACUAUAUCAGAUUAAAUGACUGUAUGCAGAUAAAAAUAUAGUGUUGAAUUCAGUAAGACUAAAUAAUUACUAGCUUAAUGUACUAUAUGUAUUAAAUUGCUUUGUUUAUGUAAUAA